AUGUACAGAAACUACGUUUCCAAAGUUCAAUUCGAAGUCAACCAUCGACCAAGCAAGCGCCUCGUCCGCUCUAUCAAUCUUAUCCAGGAGGAACUGCAAAUCCUGAUAUCAGUGAACAGAUGGCAAAGCACUGUUAUCCAGAACUACUUGAGCGUCCUCGAUGAUUCCAUGUAUGAAACAGCCAUACCAGCCCGCCGAGGCAUGUUUCCGUAUGAACGUAUUCUCGUUCAAAACUGCCUAGACCAACUAUCUCUGGCUCGGGAGGAUUACAUUGAUUUAAUUUCGCGUUGUACUCCACUCUCCGACCGUACAAAGCAGAUGCUCGAGAUUAAUGAAGAAGAUCAUGGCAAAGCCAUCAUGGUCUUCACGGUUGUCACAGUCAUAUUCCUACCGCUAUCGUUUGUAACGAGCUAUUUCGGUAUGAACGCUUCAGACAUCAGGGAUAUGGACCAAAAGCAGGACUUGUUUUGGUCUGUCGCUAUACCACUCACAGUGGUUACGGUGGGGUCCUGCCUACUCAUCGGUUAUAAUGGGAACGAACUGCGAGAUAUGAUCUCAUCAUUUUAUCGAACACUCAUGGGCAAAGAGAAGAGAAUAAUCGAGGCUUAUGGCAUGGGUGUACCGCAACGUAAACAUAUACCGAAAUUUCCAAGCGAAUCAGGCGGCAGAGUGGAUUCGUUCAAUCCCGCUUAUGACGCUGAAUUCACCAGUCCCCGAUUCGGACUACAAAGAAGGCCAUACGACUUCGAGGCGGACGACGACUGGUACGACUCGCCCUACAACCCCACACCACUGAACAGGCUACCAGGUCCCCCUGUUUUCCGGCCUAUGCCUAUGACAAGCAGCGAUGAAUCGCGGUAUUUCCUAGAAAACGACGGUUUGAAGAACAAAACAGGAGUAAAACAUCGAAGAACAAAUUAUUACGAUGGAGCUUACACAGCUCCGCGGGACCAGGACCGAAUGGGGUACGACCAAUACCGCUACGUUCGCCGCAGCAGCAUCGAUAAUAUAUCGCGCAAUCCCCCGUCAGUGCGGUCAGUUCACAUACCUCCACCAAUACCGCCUUGUGGAUUCGCAAGCAAGAAGUCACGAAGCCGGAGUAGGAGUAGGAAUGAACACGGCCAAGUUGGCUCGAGGGACACGUUCUUUCAUUGA